AUGGCUUACGCAGCUGUAGUUUCUCUCAAGGAGACAAUAGAGCGCCUUAUGCUUCGUUCCCGAUCUGAAAUUCUUCUUUCCGACUCCGAAAUGAGACUUAUCCACGGUGAUCUCUGUUACCUGCAAUCCUUUCUUGAAUCAAUCAGCCCCUCACAAAGCAGAAAGACUGUACAUGCUUUGGAAACACAAAUCAAAGAUGCAGUACAUACAUUUGAAGAUCUGAUCGACUCCCAUCUAUCAGAUAAUCUAUCUCUUUCGGUGUCUGAAAUCUCCGAACAAGUGCUCGAAUUCAGACAAGAAAUUAGUUCAUUCACCACACCGUUGAAGUACGAGGAAGAGUUCGACGAAGAAGACCAGCAACAGCACAUCGAUUCUUUUGCUGCCAUAGCUAUUGUGGGAAUGGUGAAUGAACUAAUACAACUAUUGGGUUGGCUCGAGUGGAAUUCACCCAGCCUCGAUAUUAUCUCCCUCGUGGGCAUGGCUGGUAUUGGUAAGACUACUCUUGCCAAACAAAUUUACGAUGAUUCAUUUGUUGCAGAUGUUUUUGGCGCUCGUUUUUUCAUACCAAUAGGACCGAAAUAUCAGCUGAAAAAAAUUCUCCUACUCGCACUCCAUCAAGCGGGAUUCCACACCGACAAAAUUCACCACAAAGAGGAUAAAGUAUUAGCCGAUGAUCUAUGCCUUUAUUUGAAAAAUAAGAGGUUUUUGAUUGUGCUGGACGAUGUAUGGGAUACGAAGGUCUGGAACGAACUCAAACAGUUCCUUCCGAACGACAAAAACGGAAGUCGAAUCAUCUUGACUACUAGGCUGGUAGACGUGGCCCUCCACGCCAGCUCAUCCUGCGGGAGUAUUCUCCGAAUCCCGUUUCUUGAUGAUGAUGAAAGCUGGAAACUACUUCGCGAGACGAUAUUUAAUACGGAAAAAUAUGUUCUUGAUUCCCAUCUCGAGAAAAUCGGGAAGAAGAUUGCCAAGAACUGCGAAGGGCUUCCUCUGGCAAUCAUUACCAUCGGCAAACUCCUGUCGGAGACAGAGAAGACAGUUGAAAACUGGACAAAAUUUGCGGAAAAUGAAAAUUCACUCAUCAUCAGAAUGGAUGACGACACCCCCAUCUCAAGGUCGGUGUCUCUGAGUUAUAAGCAGUUGCCUCAACAUUUAAAGGCACCCUUUCUAUACAUCGGAGUAUUCCCGAAAGAUUAUGUGAUCUCUAUCUCCAAACUCAUUAGACUAUGGGUUGUUGAGGGACUCGUCGAAUCAGGGGAUAAAAGCUUCGAAGAAGUGGCGCAGGAGUAUUUGGAAGAACUCGUUUCCAAAAGUGUUGUAUUGGUCCAAGAGCGAAGCUCCAAAUCUGAGAAAAUGAAAACAUGUAGAAUCCACUUUGUGUUUCGAAAUCUAUGCGUUAACGAAGCCCACAGUGAAAAGUUUUUUCAUGUGAUAAGGAAAUACAUCGAUAGUUUUCCGGAAUGCAUAAAUAGACAGAGGCGGUUGUGCAUGCACAACAACGUCGUACUCGGUUUCGAACAAGUGCGUAGCUGGAUGGAAGAAUCGGUUCCCUGCGCACGUUCUCUGCUCUGUUACGGUCCAAAGCAACAAUAUCCGGUGGUGUCGUACUUUGGUUUCCGAUUGCUCAAGGUACUAGAUGCUGUUUCGAUUCGGUUUUACGAGUUCCCACAUCAAGUGGUGGAGCUAGUUCACUUGAGGUACCUUGCCAUCACGUAUUAUGGAGAGAUCCCUUCUUCCGUUUCACGUCUUUCGAACCUCGAAGUCUUGAUCAUCCAUUGGCAUCAUAGGGUAAUCAAAUCGUCGAAUUUUCCGGUUUAUUUGCCUGUAGAGAUUUGGAAGCUGCAUAAACUCAAACACCUGGAGUGCAUGGGAUUUGACCUGCCAGAUCCUUCACCUGCAAACGAUGAUUCUCUUAUCUUAGAGAAACUUUUAACACUUUCAGGCGUCGGAGCUCAUAGCUGUACGGAAAGAGUUCUUAUUAGAAUCCCUAACCUAAUCAAAUUAGGAAUCAGGAUUGAUUCAUCACUAGAUGAGAAAUUCAAUUUCCUCGGUGAGUUCGCAUCUUGCUACGACGAAUUCGACUCGUUCAAAUGCAUUGUUGUAGACGAUCCUGGCAUUAGAUCUCGUUUCGUUUCUUCUCCGGUACUGAAUUUUCCGGCGAACAUUAGGAAGAUAAGUUUGAGCGGAUGUGGAUUUCAAUGGAGGAGUAUGGGAGUGAUCGGAGAAUUGCCGAAUCUAGAGGUGCUUAAACUCCGAUGGUGUGCGUUCUCCGGCGCGGAGUGGGAAAUUGCCGGCGGCGAGGGGGAACUGUUUCCGAGGCUGAAAUUUCUGCUGAUGGAGGACUUGGAUGUAGAGGUAUGGGAAACCAACUCCGGCGGCGGUUUCCGGCGGCUCUCGCGACUGGUAAUCAGGCACUGCUACAAGCUGAAGGAGAUCCCCCGUGGAAUUGCGGAUUCGGCGGCGCUUGAAGUUAUUGAGGUGGAUGAUUGCAGCUCGUCGCUCGCGAAUUCGGCUCGAGGAAUUUACAUGGCGAAACAUGAUUGGGUUGAUUGGUAUAGAGAAUUCAUCGGUGAAAUCGUGCUGUCAAAAGUUCAGAUUCCCCUCCCGGAAUUCAUCGAUGUUGGUGGAAGGCUAAUAACUAUUUACAAAGGCAUUCCAGAAGGAUUAAGAGCUGAACGCCACCCUCGAGUGUACGCUGCAGCUAGUCCCAGAAGAAUAUAUAUCGGUAACUUGCCAUUGAGUGUCGAUGGCUUACGUCUCGAGGAGGUUUUCGGCGAGUAUGGUAAAGUUUUGAGUGCUCGAGUAGUCUGUGACUGGGAGAGUGGAAGAUCGCUCGGUUUCGGCUUUGUGGAGAUGUCGACUGAAUCUCAAGUAAAUGAUGCCAUUGCAAAACUUGACGGAAAGAGUUUUGAUGGGAGAGCAAUCAGAGUAAAUGUUACUGAAGAAAGACCAUGGCUUGGCAAUUUUAGAUUUGGUUAA